CGAUAAGUCUUUGGCGUCCUAUAUUCUUUCUGUUUUCCACACAGGCUCUGUUCUCCUACUUGCUUACCACUUAACGGGAACGAUGGCCACAGAGUCCACAGCCACUGCCGCCAUCGCCGCGGAGCUGGCUUCUGCCAGAGUUGAAGAUGAUGUUCCUGCGCCUUCUACAUCUGCAGAUAAAGUGGAGAGUCUGGAUGUGGAUAGUGAAGCUAAGAAACUACUGGGAUUAGGACAGAAACAUCUGGUGAUGGGUGAUAUUCCGGCAGCUGUUAAUGCAUUCCAGGAAGCAGCCAGUCUUUUAGGUAAGAAGUAUGGCGAAACAGCUAAUGAGUGUGGAGAAGCCUUCUUUUUCUAUGGGAAAUCGCUUUUGGAAUUGGCAAGAAUGGAGAAUGGUGUUUUGGGAAAUGCCUUGGAAGGUGUUCAUGUGGAAGAGGAAGGAGAAAAAACAGAAGAAUCUCUGGUAGAAAAUAACGAUAAUAUAGAUGAGGAAGCAAGGGAAGAGUUGAGAGAACAGGUUUAUGACGCCAUGGGAGAAAAAGAAGCAGCCAAAAAAACAGAAGACAAGUCUCUGGCAAAACCUGGAACUGAUAAAGAACAGGAGAGUGAAAUCGAAAAGGGUGGAAAAGAAGAUAUGGAUAUAAGUGAGCCUACAGAGGAGCUACAGGAGAAAGUUGAAUUGAUGCCAGAUCAGUUAAUUGAAACCUCUGAAGAGGUGAAGAGAGCAGCAGCACCAGAAAGACGGAAUGAAAGUGAGGUCAUUUCUGGGAAGCCAAAACAGGAAGUCCCAGAUGCUAAGGAAGAAAAAUCAGUUUCUGGAAGUGAUGCCCCAGAAGAAUGCAGAGAAAAAGGAGGUCAGGAGAAACAGGGAGAGGUAAUUGUGAGCAUAGAGGAGAAACCAAAAGAAGAGCAGCCUGUCGAGGCUCAUGAAAAGCUGAGCACUGCAGUGGAGGUAGAAGGAGCACCCGUAGAACCAGCAAUCAAGCCAGUAGAUAUGGGUGGGGACGAGCCAAAGGAGAAUGUAGCUACUUCUGAAAAUGAGAUAGGAAAGGCUGUUCUUGAGCAACUGGUAGGGCCAGAAGAGCCUGCUGCUGAAGAGUCACCAGAGGUGACAACGGAGUCUACAGAGGCCUCAGCUAUAGAGGCUAUAUCAGAAGUUGCUGAGAAGCCUGGGCAGGAGGCAACAGUUCUUAAGGAUGGUGCAGUCAAUGGACUGUCAGCUGCGGGAGAUUACACUCCUGUUGAACCACAGACUUCUUUAGAAAGACUGAUAGAAACAAAAGAUGGUUCAGGAGUAGAGGAGGUGGGGGCAGAGCUGAUUCCUAGCCAGGAGGAAACUAAAUUGUCUUUACAAGAGUCUGAGGCAGCUGGAGAUGGGGUUGGUACCAAGGUAGCCCAGGGAGCUACUGAGAAAUCACCUGAAGACAAAAGUAAGAUAGCUGCUAAUGAAGAGACACAAGAGAGAGAAGAACAGAUGAAAGAGGGUGAAGAAACUGAAGGCUCAGAAGAAGAAGAUAAAGAAAAUGACAAGGCUGAAGAAACACCAAACGAUUUAGUUAUUGAAAACAAGUCUCUUCAAGAAAAUGAAGAGGAGGAGAUUGGAAACCUAGAGCUUGCCUGGGAUAUGCUGGAUUUAGCAAAGAUCAUUUUCAAAAGACAAGAAACAAAAGAAGCCCAGCUUUAUGCUGCACAGGCACAUCUUAAACUCGGAGAAGUUAGUGUUGAAUCUGAGAAUUAUAUCCAAGCUGUGGAGGAGUUUCAGGCUUGCCUAACCUUGCAGGAGCAGUAUUUGGAAGCCCACAACCGGCUCCUUGCAGAAACCCACUACCAGCUGGGCUUGGCCUAUGGGUACAACUCUCAGUAUGAUGAGGCUGUGGCACAGUUCAGCAAGUCUAUUGAAGUCAUUGAGAAGAGAAUGGGAGUACUAAAGGAGCAGAUGGAGGCUGAAGGAUCACCUACUGAAUAUAAGAAAGAAAUUGAGGAACUGAAGGAACUGCUACCUGAAAUUAGAGAGAAGAUAGAAGAUGCAAAGGAGUCCCAGCGUAGUGGGAAUGUAGCUGAAUUGGCUCUGAAAGCUACUCUGGUGGAGAGUUCUACUUCAGGUUUCACUCCUAGUGGAGGCUCUUCCGUCUCCAUGAUUGCCAGUAGAAAGCCAGCAGACGGUGCUUCUUCAUCAAAUUGUGUGACCGAUAUUUCUCACCUUGUCAGGAAGAAGAGAAAACCAGAGGAAGAGAGCCCCCGUAAAGAUGAUGCCAAGAAAGCCAAACAAGAGCUGGAAGUGAAUGGAGGCAGUGGGGAUGCUGUCCCCAGUGGAAAUGAAGUCUCGGAAAACAUGGAAGAGGAGGCUGAGAAUCAGGCUGAAAGCCGGGCAGCAGUGGAGGGGACAAUGGAGGCUGGAGCUACAGUUGAAAGCACUGCAUGUUAAGAGGGGGCAGAGCCUUCCUCCCAAGGGAAGGUGUUUUUGUAUAUAAUGUAUUUUUUCACUUUUGGGGGAUUCUUUUUGUAUAACUUCAAUAAAGAUUGUAAGCAAAGGUU